AGUGGCUAAGAUGGCGAGCUCGGCGAGUGUUCCAAGUGAUAUAUAUCCACAUAUUUACUCGUUUUUAUUGCAAAACAAUCUGCUCAAAACCGCCAAAGCUUUUAAAGCGGAGACAUUAGUGGAUUUAUCUCGACCUCUUCAAGAAAGUGAUAUCCUUGAAUGGUUUAAGGCAUUCUUAAGGUCCAAUCAAGCUCCUGUGAAAAGAAAAUUGAAUGGAACCAGUAAAGAACCAAAAUCAAAACGUCAAAAGACCCAAAAAUCAAGUUCAGAGUCAUCUAGUUCUCAAGAUUCAAGCUCUGAUGAAGAUGAACCAGCAAAACCAGCAGCAAAAGUAAUUGAAAAACUUGAAAACAAACAGGCCAAGUCGAAAGAUGAAAGCUCCACUGAAUCAAGCUCUGACGAAGAUAGAGGAAAAAAGACAGCACCUGUUAAAGGUACAAUCAAGAAAACAAAGCCCAAAGAUGAAAGCUCUUCUGAAUCAAGUUCAGAGGAGGAGGGAGCAGCUAAAAAGGCAACUUCAACAAAAGUAAGUGAAAAAACAGUGAGCCAGAAGAAAAAACAAGAAGAUGAUACCUCAUCUGAGUCAAGUUCAGAGGAAGAUGAAGCAGAACAAAAUGUGACCCCUGCAAAAUUUGAUAAAAAAACAGCAAAGCAAAAGCCAAUGCCCAAAGAUGAAAGCUCUUCUGAUUCAAGUUCAGAGAAAGAAGAAACUGAGAAAAAGGCAACUCCAACAAAAUCAAACAGUAAAACAGCAAGUCAGAAGAAACACCAAGAAGAUGAAAGUUCAUCUGAGUCAAGUACAGAGGAAGAAGAAACAGAGAAAAAGGCUACUCCAACAAAAGCAAACAGUAAAACAGCAAACCAUAAGACAAAACCAAAAGAUGAUAGCUCAGCUGAGUCGAGUUCAGAGGAAGAAGAUGCAGAAAAAAAGAAAACUCCUUCAAAAGUGAGUGGAAAACCAGUAAACCACAAGGCAAAGCCAAAAGAUGAUAGCUCAGCUGAGUCAAGUUCAGAGGAAGAGGAAACUAAAAAAAGAAUAAUUCCUACUAAAGCGAGUGGAAAUAAAGCAAACAAAAAGACAAAGGAAGAAGAUCAAAGCUCAUCUGAGACAAGUUCAGAAGGAGAAGAAACAGAAAAGAAAGCAACUCCAACAAAACAGAGUGGAAAAAAAGCAAAGCAGAAAAAAAGUAAACCAAAAGAUGAUGUUAGCUCAUCUGAGUCAAGUUCAGAGGAAGAGGAAACAGAGAAAAUAAAUAAAGUAGAUAACAAAAAUAACAACAAGAAAAAGGGAGACAGUUCUUCACAAUCUAGUUCAGACGAUAAUGAACCAGCUAGCAAAAAUACAAAAUCAAAAAAGGAAAAGCUGGAGAAAAGCAAAGAAAAAGAAUCAUCAGAUGACAGUUCUAGCUCAGACGAAAGUAUGGAGAUAUCAGUUGACACAUCAAAAGUAGCAAAGUCUACAAGUUCUUCCACUGAAUCAGUGAAAAAGGGAGAUAAGGAUGAUGAGAGUAUGGACACAGACGAUGAAAGUUCAAGCUCAGAUGAAGAAGAAAAGGCUAAGAAAGUUAAGAACAUAAAAGGUGCAAAAAGACAACAACAUGGAAGGGCUGCAUCUUCAGAUGAAAGUUCCAGCUCAGAUGAUGAAGAGGACACUUCAAAAGUUAAGAAUAUGAAAGGCACUCCAAAACAACAAAAUGGAAAGGCUGCAUCUUCAGAUGAAAGUUCCAGCUCAGAUGAUAAAGAGGACACUUCAAAAGGUAAGAACAUGAAAGGGACUCCAAAACAACAAAAUGGAAAGGCUUCAUCUUCAGAUGAAAGUUCCAGCUCAGAUGACGAAGAGGAGACUUCAAAAGUUAAGAACAUAAAAGGGACUCCAAAACACCAAAAUAAAAAGGCUGCAUCUUCAGAUGAUAGUUCCAGCUCAGAUGAUGAAGAGGAGACUUCUAAAGUUAAGAACAUAAAAGGGACUCCAAAACACCAAAAUGAAAAGGCUGUAUCUUCAGAUGAUAGUUCAAGCUCAGAUGAUUCUGAUGAAGGGGGCAACAGUAAGUUGAAUGGAGUGGCCAAUUCCACAAAGAGCAAAGCCAAAAAGGGCACAGCUGAUGAGCCACAAGCAUCUUCCACUCCUGCAGUUACAAAUUCAAAACAGAAAGGAAGAAAUCAGAUCAAAACACCUUUUAGAAGAGUUAGAGAAGAAGAAAUAACAGUAGACCCCCGGUUGCAGGAUAACAGUUUUGAAGCAAAGUACGGAUCAAGAGGAGACUGGGGCGAAAAGGCCAACAGAGACCUCAAACAAGUGAAAGGCAAGUCCUUUAGACAUGAAAAAACCAAGAAGAAGCGGGGAAGUUAUCGUGGGGGGCAAAUAAAUACUGGAAUUAACUCAAUCAAGUUUGACAGUGAUUGAAAAAAUGUCAAAUUCUCCUCUCUUUUUUGAAGUUGCUUUCAGACAGAGUAUGUUAUUGUUAUUUAAUGUUAAUAGAUAUUGUAAAAGAAAGGCAAAAAUUUCAUGCAAUUUAGUGAAAUUCUGAUACAAGCUUGCUCAGCGAUGAUAUUGGUGUUAUAACCCCAAAUUGUUGUUAUUUAGGGUACUUUUUAUUUGAUUGUCAUAAGGCCUAAACAACCUGCCAAUCACAACAGCUUAUGCCAGCAUGAAUGGGACUCAGGAGGAUGUUCUCAAGAUUGUUGUCUGAUCUGAUUUUUUUAUUGUGGUGCUCAGUGCUGCUGGUUGGAAUUUGUUGGGCCAAAACUAAUGAUUGUACAUAUUAAGCUUGUCUUAUGAGAGCGUUCUUAUUAACAGUUAACCCUUAAACUCCCAGAAAUUAUCAACAUGAAACUUCUCACUAUAAUAUCCUUACAUUUUCUAGCAAACAGGUAAUGAGAAUAUUCAAACUUAUCAGGUAUAAGUUUUUGUCUUUAUGUAGUACCAAAUUUUCGUGACUAAUUUACAAAAAAAAUAAUUUUUCUCUGGGAAUAUUGCCUCUUGGGUCAUGUCUCUUGUAGGGAAAAAAGUUUUCUUUGUCAUAUUAAAUCAAAAUCAUGAUAAAGAAUCAGUGUCAUUUCUUCUUGUGUAUGUCAAUCAUCACUGCUUGGAAUGAAUUUUUUUUAUUUUUCUCAAAUAACACGUGCAUCUCUCAAGCAAUUUUUGCUAUUGUAGGCAAGUGAAAGGGACACGUCUUUAAAGAAACUGUGAUGCUUCGUCGGUAGGGGAUAUUAAUAAUAAUUGAUAAUUUUGUAUGGUAUGUUAAUUUGGUUUUAUCACCUGAGUUAGCGUCUACCCUUCGUCUGAGAACUUCCAACUUCAAACCUUAAAGUGAAUACUUCAAGGGACAUCCA